GCACCUUGCGGUCUUGGGCCAGCACGACGCGCUUCUGGACAUUCUCCUGGCGCAAGAGGGUGUUCAGACGACGCCUCUCAACAAGUUUGGGGAGACGCCCAUCAUGAUUGCGAUCAAGAUGGCCAACAAAACUCUUGUGACGCAGCUGCAUCACGCGCAAGCAACGCCAGCCGUCGAGAUUUUGGCAAGCGAUGUGAUGCGGUUGGGCGAGCUGGGGCGCGGUGGCUACGGCGUUGUGUACAAAGGGUCGCUUCACAACCACGACGUCGCUGUCAAGACCUUGAAAGAUGUACAAGGCGAUGCAGCGACCUUGCGCUGCGAGAUGGCCGCCAUGGAAGCAAAUGCAUCGCCGUACUUGCUCCGGCUGCUGGCGACUGUCGACAUUGACUCGACGAACCCGCAGCUCGUGCUCGAGUACAUGGACGGCGGCGAUCUUUCGUCGUACCUCGACAAGGUGGCCAACGACCAAGCCGUAGCGGUGGGCUACUCGUCGCUCGAGGUGGCGUGGGUCGUUGCCAACGCUUUGAACGACCUCCACGCCAAGGACGUCGUCCAUCGCGACAUCAAGACCGACAACAUCCUCCUCUCCUCGACCCAGUACAUCAAGGUGGCUGACGUGGGGAUUGCCAAGAAGAAGACGUCGCUCAUGACGACGGGGGCUGGCACCAACAAGUGGAUGGCUCCCGAGGUGCUCAUAUCGGGCAGCAACUACGGCACUCCCGCCGACAUGUUCUCGUUUGGCGUCUUGCUCGAGACGCUCUUCCCCGACAUGGCAAGCUACGCCGACGCCGACAACACUCCGUGGUAUGCGGCGCUGCACGCGCGAUGCAAGGCGACGGCACCCGAGACGCGCCCGACGGCGGCCGACAGCGAACAGGUGUCCUCAACACCGACGAACGUCCUCUCUAUUGAGUCGAAUGCGUCGGCGUCGGCGGGCCCACGACCGGCGAUUCGAACGUCCAUGGCCGUGGGUGCUGCUAUCUCGGACAUGACGCCGGAGCAAGCAUUCCUCCGCGCUGUUUACAGCGGUGACGUCGAUGGCGUCAUCGCCCAACUCGACGAUGGCGUGCAUCCCGACUGUGCGACUGAGAUUGGCGAGACGGCACUUGUGUUGGCGGUGAGCCGAGGCCACACGCGUGUGGUUGACCUCCUCCUCGCCCGUGGCGCCAAUACCAACCUCGAUACCGCGGACGGGACCUCGGUCUUGCACGUCGUCGUGGCCCAGAAGCGCCAUGCUCUGCUCGAGACUCUUGUCGCUGCCGGCGCCAACGUCAACGCCCGCAACGGCCGCGGCGACACGCCACUGCAUGCAGCCACGCGACUCGACGACGUGGCUUUGGUCGAGCAAUUGUUGGCAAGCGGCGCUGACCCCAACUUACUCAACGAUGAGAAGGCCUUGCCGCUGCAUGAUGCGGCGGGCAACGGACGGGACAUCCAAAUCGUCACGGCGUUGCUUGCGCGUAUGCGCAACGUCGACCAGCCCUACGGCAACGACGGCGACAACUUUGCCGGUGCGACGGCGCUCUACAUGGCGGCCAUGCAUGACCACGCGGCCGUCGUCGACCUGCUCUUAAACGCCGGCGCCAACGUCAAUGCCGAUGCGGUUGGCGAGAGCCCCCUCUUUACGGCGUCGUCCAGAGGCCACGCGGACGUGGUGCGCAAGCUGCUCGCGAGUUCGCCGAAUGUGAAUGCGGAAUCGGUGUCGGCUCUGUACGUGGCCGUGCACGAAGGCCACGCCGACGUUGUGGCCGCGCUUUUGGCCGCGCCUGGCAUUCAAUUCGACCAAGACGACAUGAAUGGUGAGACGCUGUUGCACGUGGCCGUAGCGAUGGACAAUACCGACGUCGUGCGCGUGCUCUUGAACGCUGGCUUUGACAUCAACGCGACCAACAAGCAAGGACAACGGCCGAUCGAAUAUGCGGGACGCCUCCGCAACACGACGAUGAUGGGUCUGAUGACCGACGCCUCGGACCACAAAUACGCGCUCCAGGACGCCGCCAACGCCAACGACUUGGCCAAGGUGCGCUCGCUGCUGAGUCGCCCGUUCAACAGCAACGCGUUCAACAAGAUGGGCGACUCCUUGGCGCAUUUGGCCGUGCGGGCUCACGACACGGAGACGCUUGCCUGCCUGAUUGCGACGCCGGGCAUUCAUUUGGAGGAGCCAGAUCUGGGCGGUCGAUCUCCAAUGGCCGUCGCCAUCCAGCGCGGCUACCUCGACAUGGCGAAGACGCUUUUUCGUCAUUUGCACCAGCCUGUCCAGGAGAUCACGGGUGACGACUACGAAAUGUCGACAGAGGAGCUCGGAGCAGGCGGCCAAGCGGUUGUGUAUCGGGGCACGUAUCAAGGGCGCAAGGUCGCCACCAAGAAGUCCAAGGGGUCCAAAGACGGUGCUGCGAUGCUACGUGCUGAAGCCGACGCCAUGACCAAGUGUCCGUCGCCGUACCUAGUGUCGCUACUCGCUGUGGCAGACCGCGCUUCGAUGACGCCGGCGCUGCUACUCGACUACAUGGACAUGGGCACGCUGCGGGGUUAUCUGGACCAGAAGCGGUGGCGGCAAGUGAGCGAGUUGCAGCUGACCAACCUCGAGGUGGCGUGGGUCGUGGCGAAUGCGAUGAAGGACUUGCAUGCGCUUGGCAUCGUUCACCGCGACAUCAAGAGCGACAACGUCCUCUUGAGCUUGGACCACUACAUCAAGCUCGGCGACUUGGGUAUCGCCAAGGUGGCCGCCACCUACAUGACGGACGGCCGCGGCACGGCGCGCUGGGCAGCCCCCGAAGUGUUACGCGUCGACGGUGAGCGCUACGGGAUCAAAGCCGACGUCUACUCGUUUGGCGUGCUCUUGACGGAGCUGGACACGCUCCAGCUACCGUACUAUGACGCCACCGACUUGAUGACUGACUAUCAGAUCAAGGAGGCGGUCCUCGCAGGUCGUCGACCGACGCUGACCGAGUCCUGCGAACCGUGGCUGCGUGAGCUUGCGACGCAGUGUCUCCACGAAGAACCCUCCAAGCGUCCAACGGCCGAGUUAAUCGUCGGCAUUCUCGGAAAACAAGUUGCCGACGGUGUGGCAGCUGCUGCUGGUACUUUUGAGGCAUAUCAACGCGCCGUCGCCGUGAAUGACAUUGCCUUGGUGCAAGCGCAGCUCGAUAAUGGUUUCGACCCCAAUUCUACCGCCGAGCGUAACUCGCCGCCCCUGGCCCUGGCCGUGGACCGCGGCAGCGAAGACAUUGCGGACCUCCUCCUUGACCACGGCGCAGUCGUCGACAAACGCUAUAAUGGAGACACCGCGCUUCACAUGGCUGCGAGAAAGGGGCACACCAAGCUCGUCGCACUACUACUCGAUGCUGGCGCGGACGUCGAUGCCUUGGACAAGGAGAACUACACUGCACUAUACUACGCGCUCACGUCGUGUGACGAGAGCCUUCUCCAGCUGCUAUCGGAUGCUGGUGCCAACAAACCUCUCGCGAUGCAGUGCAUGUCGGGCCUGCACGGGUUCCCAAUGGUUGACCACUCUGACGAAGAGGUGGCCAGAAUGGGCGUCGCGAUGGCCGACAUGCGCAACUGUCACCAAUGCAGUGGCUUGCACACGCUAGACGACGCGUGUCCCGACUGCGGCCACGACAUGUCAAUGCUGGACAAGAUCAAGUGCGCCCUCCAACGCUGCAUGACGCUGCACCACAGAGGGCUUCCGAUCGAAUGGACGCGCAGGUGCACCUCACGUGGCUGUGCCAUGUUCUUGCUCGAGACGACGUGCCCAAGCUGCAAGAUGCCGCAAAAGCCCAUCAACGACGUGGUCAAGAUGCUGCUCAUCCGUCUCCGGAAGGCGAUGCAAGCAACGCCCGGCCAUGCUAGCACACCAGUGCCAACCGCCGUCGUUGCGUGGCUACGCUCUGUCAACGCUGCUGAGAAGCGCACGGCCAAGGCCACACGUGACGAUGACAGCGCCAAGUACCGCCACUUCAAGGCUUUGGUCGGUGCGAUCAAGGCUGGCAACUUGCCGAUGCUAAAGGAGCUCCUGGCCAAACCCAUCACGCCCUUGGAGCAGGAUGCCGCUGGCCAUUCCGUCGCACAUUACGCAGUGCAACAAAAGGACUUUGCGAUGCUGGAGGCGUUGCUGUCAUCGCCCCGUAUCUCGUUUCACUGCACAAACAUGGCCAACGAAAUGCCUCUGACGGUGGCGAUCAACGCUGGCGCGAGUGACAUUGCUCGUUUCCUGUACAAGGGGCUCCAAAUGCGCAACGAUGUGGAAGAGGGUGAUGAAGACGCUUCCUUUUCGCCUUUUGUGCUGAUGGAGCAUCCCGUGCCCAUGUUGCACGACAACAUUCUCCGCUACAAGCUGAGCAAGCUGGCACCGGGGUCGCAGCUUGAAGCAUGGCCGUCCAAGCUUCAAAUUGCAUAUGUGGCUGCCAAUGCGCUCGCAGACCUCCACGAAGGGGGACUCGACCACGGCUGCUUCUCGAGUUUUAGUCUCUACAUGGAAGCAAACUCCAACCACGACGUACUGGGAGCCCCGUGCUCGGGCCCGAUUCACGUCCUCUGGCCAGGCUUUGUGCCGGCCCACGAGUCGUUGACGCCGUGGGCGGCCCCCGAAAUCUGCAACGGGUCCGUGUCAGCGUCGCAGGAAUCCGAUGUAUACGCGCUUGGCGUUCUCCUUGUGGAGCUCGAUACGCUCGCUUUGCCGUCGACCAGCCUCGGGCAACUUCGGGACGACUGCGAGCACUGGUACGCUAGUAUCGUUGCCCGCUGCCUGGCCGUGGACCCGACAAUGCGAAUGUCGGCUGCCGAUGUCGUGGCAGCGCUCCAGCCCCACAUGGACGCGGCUGCACGACAGACCGAGAUGUUGGAGGCCUUUAAAGAGGCAGGGUUGCAACGUCAGCUUCAGGUCGCAACACAGCUACUCGACGACGUGCUCGACCCCAACGCAGUCCUGACACGCACGGGUGAAAGCGUGCUCGGCGCGGCCACCUUGUCGGCAAGCCCCGAGUUGGUGCGCUCCGUGCUGGACAAAGGUGCCACGGUGAACAAACGACUGAGAGGCGGGGGCUCAGCUCUCUUUGCUGCCACGAGCACCAUGUUUAACCACAAGGUCGUCGCGUACUUGAUCGAGGCAGGCGCAGAUGUGCACGCGACGGACGUGCGAGGCGAGACGCCACUUUUUUACGCUGUGCGCGUUGGUUUGGCUGAAGUCGUGAGCGCAAUCGCCGAUGCAGAUGCGACGACGGUGCUGGCGCGGACCAAGGACGGCGCGUCGGUCCUCGACGUCGCGCGCCGACAGCCCCAAGACUUCCGACAAACAGCGACUAUUGUGUCUUUGCUCGAGGACGCCGAGCGUUGGUAUGCUAUGCUUCUGGCUCGAGGCUUGCCGAUGAAGACAGCACGACGAUGCCCCGACUGCAGGACGCCCUUGUCACCCUACGACAUGCAGUGCCCCGAGACGACGUGCCAAGAUGCCCAGUCGAUUCAGUCGAUGCUUUCCGCGAUGCGUGCGCCGCUGACGUAGUAUCACUCCGCAAUAUAACGAAAUGUGGUCGGCCUUUGUUAUACUUUUCGA